CCGGCUAAAAUCCUGUUUAUAAUUAUUGUCCAUGGACGUGAUUUUCGACAAUUUAAGCGUUUAUUAACCGCUAUCUACAACAAGAAUCAUUAUUACUACAUACAUACUGACAAGAGGAGUGAAUACCUGUGCAACAAAAUAAGGGAUUUUAUUGAUACGCGAAAAGAGAGAAACAUAGCUGUAACAUCUUGGAAUCUUGAGCCAAUGUGGGGUAGUUCAAGCUUCCUUGAUGUUUUACUACGUUGUAUGAAAGACGUUUUAUUAUUAGAACGAUUCUCGGAAUGGAAAUGGGAUUUUUAUGUUAACUUGAGCGGUUCUGAUUAUCCAAUAAAAAAAAUUGAUCAGUUUACCGCAUACCUGUCUCUUCGAAAAGGAAAAAACUUCAUUUCCAGUAUGUCGAUUUCCACUGCUGAGUUCGUCAAACGUCAAGGUUUAAAUUUCCUAUUCUACGAAUGUGAUAAUCGUAUGUGGCGAAUUGGUAAGAGGAGCAUUCCCUCCCAUUUGCAUUUUUAUGGUGGAAGUGAUUGGAUUAUUUUAUCCUACCAGUUUUGUAGUUACCUAGUAACUUCCAGUGAUCCAUUUAUUAACGACAUAAUUCUAUUUUAUAAAUAUGCUCUUCUCCCAGCGGAGUCAUUCUUUCACGUUGUUCUCCGAAAUAGUGAAUUCUGUGGCACAAUAGUUUAUGAUAACCUUCGAUUGAUCAAUUGGAAGACUAAUCUAUCGUGUCAUUGUCAAUAUCGGAAAAUUGUUGAUUGGUGCGGAUGCUCACCAAGUAAUUAUAGACGCAGCGAUAUAUCAAGAAUAGAUACGUCGAAGGCAGUAUUUUUCGCUAGAAAAUUUGAACCACUGGUAAAUCAAGAGAUCUUGAACAUGAUUGACGAACUUUUACUUGGUAAGAAGCUCAGGCAACCAAACCGAUACCAUUAUUGGCAAAAUUUAUGCCACGCUAGCGAAUUUAUUGCUGGAAAAUGUAGCCGUUAUAAAUUUUACAUUGAAUCUUGCAUGCGCUUAGCAAGAAGUAAUAUGACGUCUUUAUUGAAAAAGAAAAUUGAUCGAUCACUGGAAUUUGCGGAACUUGUCCUAAUUAAUCAGAACGAUACUUUUGCCGGGAUGCUAGUCUCUUUCUUAAUUUCUACAAAUUUAAUUCUAGAAGUAUGGAUGAAAAAAAGGCAACUAGCGUGGGCUAUGCCCUUAAGUAAAGGCGCAGAGCGUCUGUAUGAUAUGCAGGUUGGUAGUAAUUUAGAUAAAAAAGAGCAAAUCUUUCGCAACUAUGGUAUAUUGUCAGCAAACGAUGAGCUAACUGUUUUUCAAAGAUGGAGACUGGGUCCUAAAUUUCAUUGUAAUCUAACGUGGGUUAAACCUGACGGUGAAAUAGCUGAUCAUAGAUUCUUGGCUAUCGAAUCCAAUUGGAGAUUUUCUUAUUUCAAGGCAGAAAUUUUGAAACCAGUCAUCCCUGGAAGAUGGAAAGUUUAUUUAAGCAUCAAUAAUAUCAUCUUUUCAGAGCUACAGUUCAUUUUGUUCCCUGUAGACAGUAGACUAAUUCGAGGCCUGCAGACUUCAUCAGCCCUCGGAAAUGACUAUUUAGCCGAAUUACCUAGAUUGGGUGAAGCUAAUUCAAACGUUAUGUACACAAGUAAUCGUUUAAAUUACGAUAAUAUUUAUUCUAACAAGAAGUGGAUCGACUCCUUAGUUUCAGAAUCUUGGGAAACAUAUAAAUUUUGUGUUGGAGUCAAGGAUCGGGACGUAAAUAAUGCUUCAUUAAAGUUGAUUGCCGGUACUGGGAUAACUAACUGUGAAGACUCAGAGUGGAGCUCUUUCAUUAAAGAUCAUAAAACUGAAUUUAGAAGCAAUGUCGUGGCAAUUGAUUAA